GCUUAAACCGGACAAAACAAUCCUACCGAUCAAAUACGCCAAUUAAAUAAAGAAAACAUUAACGGUAAUUUAUUGGGCGUGUUGCGCGAUUCGUGAAAAAUAGCUCAGGAGACUGGAGCUUAACGUUGUAGGGUCAUUCCUGACAGGCAUCAUUUUGGGCAAAAACAGUAUAAAAAGGCGUUACUCACUCUCGCGUGAUAUAGCGACGUAAAAAGUGGCAGGUUCUUCUGGUUUGGUUGCUGGGUGAAGCUCUUGAAAGGAUCACAUUGACAGAGAACAGCAUGGAUUUCCGGGCUGAAUUCAUCGUUUUAGCCUGCUUGAUUGGUUUCACCUGCGCGGUGCCUGUGAAAUACGCGGACUGUGGAUCAUCUUCUGGCAAAGUAGUCAUGGUGGACAUUAACCCAUGUCCCCAUCAGCCAUGCCAGCUUCGUAAAGGACAGUCCUACAGUGUUAAUGUGACAUUCAGCAGUGCUGUAGAGAGCCAGACCAGCGCAGCAGUGGUUCAUGGUGUUGUUGCAGGAAUUCCUGUCCCAUUCCCCAUUCCUGUGGAAGAUGGCUGCAAGUCUGGAAUCCAGUGUCCCAUCCAGAAGCAGCAGAGCUAUCAUUACCUGAACUCUCUCCCUGUCAAGUCCGAGUAUCCAUCGAUUAAGCUGGUUGUGGAGUGGGAACUGAGAGACGAUCAAAAACAAGACUUGUUCUGCGUCAAGUUCCCCGUUCAGAUUGUAUCUUAAAUAAUACAUCAUUUCUUUUCACUUUUUGAGCAAAAACUAAAGACUUAUGAUUCAA